GAGUCAGAGUCCAGAAAACACAAGGGAACCGCAGAGAUGGAGAAAGCUCUCCGCUGGGGCAUACUGUCCGCCGGCUGCAUCUCCCAUGACUUCACCACUGCCCUAAGGAGCCUCCCUCGCUCUGAGCAUCAGAUAGUAGCCGUGGCCGCCAGAGACCUGUCCCGAGCCCAGGACUUCGCCAAAAGGCACGAAAUCCCCAAGUCCUAUGACUCCUAUGAACAACUGAUGAAGGACCCGGACGUUGAUGUGGUUUACGUGGGCCCUCAGCACCCGCAGCACGUGGGCGCCGUCCUGCAGUGCCUGGCAGCGGGCAAGCCGGUUCUGUGUGAGAAGCCUCUCGGGGUCACGGCUGCCGAGGUCCGGGAGAUGGUGGCGGCCGCGCGAGCCCGCGGCCUCUUCCUGAUGGAGGCCAUCUGGACACGGUUCUUCCCGGCCACCGAGGCGCUACGGGCUCUGCUGUGCCAGGGCACCCUCGGGGAGGUGCGAGUGAUUCACGCGGAGUUUGGCAUUGACGGUCUAAGCGUGGAUCGAUGCACUGACUGGGAGCAGGCGGGGGGCGGGCUGCUCGACCUGGGUAUCUACUGCGUCCAGCACAUCUCCAUGGUGGCCGGGGGCCAGCGGCCUGAGAAGAUCCACGCCGUGGGGCUGCUUCAUGAGAAGGGCGUGGAUGACACAGUGACGGUCAUCCUGCGGUACCCAGGUGGGCUCCAGGCCUCCUUCAGCUGUAGCAUCGCCACCGAGCUGUCCAACUCAUUGUCAGUGUUUGGAAUCAAGGGCAAGGCAGAGAUCCCUUCCACCAUGUGGUGCCCCACAGAGCUGGUGGUGAACGAGAAGAGCACCAAGUUCCCUUUGCCCAAGGUGGCAGAUUCUGAGAGGUUCAAUUACACCAAUUCCAUUGGCAUGGUCUAUGAAGCCCAGCAUGUGCGGCAGUGUCUGCUGCAGGGUCUGAAGGAGAGCCCUGUAAUGCCCCUGGCAGAGAGUGAGCUCUUGGCAGACAUCCUGGAGGAAGUGAGGAGGCAGAUUGGGCUCAGGUUCCUCCAGGACAGAAACUAAGCUUCCAAACUAUUGCCCAGUGAAGAAAUCCCUGCCAGCAGUUUGUCACCCAUGUCCCUACUCUUCAGCAUGGCCCUGGAAGCUGUGUUGCUCUGGCCCUGAGUCCAAGCCCUGCCCCAGUCUUUGCUGUGAUCUCUCCCUGCCCUUCUAAGCCUCAGGAGGUGUUCUGGAAUAAAGAGAAUCCCACUCCA